UUCGGCGGCACUCGAUGACGUAGUAUGCUUGAAAUAGUGGCUCUGGAGCAACUUUACUCGAGAACACCCAGAGAUGUAGUUAGCCUAACGUUAGCUUUUUACUUCUGCUGAUUUAUAAAAGUGGUUUUAAUAUGUUAAAAAUGAUCCUGCUGAAGCAAAGCUAUAAGUGUCAUAAAUGUGUGUUUGCCACAGAUCUUAUUGUAUUGCUUUCAGUAGAGGGAGCCCUUGCAAUGCUAACAAUGUCAGCCAAAAAAUACGUUAUCCCUGCACCACUCUGAACUUGAUUGUUCCCAAUGUAUUUUCUGAGACACCCAUUUAGGUCCCAUUUCUUGUCCUACGUUAGUUAGUCUUUCGGCACACUACUGUUGUAUUUUGCCUUGUUUAGUCGUUUUAUCGCAGCUCUCCUCUCUUGCAGACACAGGUGGCUCUACUCACCAAGUUCCUGUGGAUAGGAAAACACUGCUACGAGUCGAGGAACUUCGCCACAGCCAUGCAGGUCCUCGGAGGUGUGGAGAACGUGAUUGUCAGGCAAUUACCAGCUUGGAAACAUCUGUCUUCCAAGGUGUGUGAGAUCCUGGAGGAGCUACGAGCUGUGCAGAUGUUCCUGAAGAGCGACGACCUGUGUCUGAUGGUGGGGGAGCACACAAGGAGGAGGCCCACCCUGCCGUCAGCGCACAUCCUGGCCAUGCACGUGCAGCAGCAGGAGAUCGGUGCCUUCACCCUCACUACUGGGGCCUUCAAGUGGACCAAGCUCAGGAGCAUAGCUAAGGUUGUGAGCCAGGUCCACGCCUUCCAGGAGGCGGUGUACCCCUACAGCCCGGACCUGGACCUGCAAGCCUACCUUCGGAGCCGCAGGGCCCGCCUCUCCACCUCUGACCUCCACCUCUUGGCCGCCGACAACGACGCCGACUUCCAGCAGUCCAGCGAGCGACAAGCGCGGAGGAUCCAGAAAACGCUGAGGAGGGUGAAGGCCACCUUCCAAUGAGCCCUGCCCCAGGACCAUUGCCAGGCACCAGGUCAACACCUCCUGACUGAGGCCCCAAGCCCGGGCCCCGACCCUCAGAGGCCUCUGUUGUCCUGGCAGCAGAACCUUGUGGACUUAGAAACUGCUGUCAUAUACACUAUCUGUCAAAAGAACCUUAACUUAAGUAAGGGAUAAUGUGCAGCGGAGCAGUCAUUCAUGAAAAAGUAUUACACAGCAACACACUUAAUAAACCAAUGACUUGACCAGCAAUUUUGAUUUUAAAUGGUUUUCUUGAUUUAAAAAUGAUCAUCCAUGUCUGUUUUUUGAGAAGUUCUCUUUAGUGAUUACUUCCUGUCUGUCUUCUUCUGCUGUUCCCGUUAGUGUUUACUUCCUGUCUGUUGAAUUCUCUGACGUCCAGGUCUCUUGCGCUCUUUUUAUUUUUCUUCACUGGGGACAGUUCAGCCAUCAUGAAUCCAAAGUGUUGUGCUCUCCACAAAUAUAAAAAAUGAAUAUUCAAUAAGUGUUCCAUGGUGUUUCUCUGAUGGAGAAAAUGAAUGUUGGUUGUCCACAGAUGAUUUCUGCGGAGUGAUUUGACUGCACAAUGUGCACAUAGUAUCUCCCUUGAUUCUCCUUAGCAAUGGUCUGUUAGCGAGAAUGAACCACCUCUGGUAUGUCCCAAUUGAAUCAGAAUCGAGUAUACAACUUGGCUUUGUGAUAAGUCAAUAUAUCAGUUGAGACAAUUUUAUUUGUAAGACUACACAUGUAAACCUUUAGAAAAGUUUUUGCUUCUGAUUCCAGCAUUUUUUUUCUUUCUCAGCUAAUAUAUUGUACUUUUUUAAUCAUUUGUGAAAUGACCCUGUUUUUUUUUUUUGUUUAGCUUUAAAGGCUUCAUACACAGAGCAUGGCAGCAUUGCAAACUGCAUGUCCAACAUGGAGGCUA